UGUAGAGUUGUUCGGGGAGGGAGGAGAAAGCCUGAGCAUACACGGGCAAGAGUGGGGGAACUGACAGCACAGUAAUAAGUACAAAUACAAAAUUAAUCAUGGCGUCCGGGGAUACCCUGUACAUAGAAACGGACGGCUCAGAGAUGCCAGCCGAAAUAGUUGAACUGCACGAAAUUGAAGUAGAGACAAUCGAAACCACUAUUGUCGGAGACGACGGUGAGCACCAGCCGAUGAUCGCCCUGCAGCCGCUUGACACGGACGAUCCCAACGCGAUCCAUUCGCACCAGGAGGUGAUUUUGGUGCAAACGAGAGAAGAGGUGGUGGGCGAGGAGGACUCGGAAUUGCCCGCGGACGACGGUUUCGAGGACCAAAUUCUGAUCCCAGUCCCCGCCGUGGAAGAGGACUACAUCGAACAGACUCUGGUUACGAUUGCAGGGAAAAGCUCAACAGGCCGCAUGAAGAAGAGUGCAAGCGGGAAGAAAGCAGGCAAAAAGAGCUACCUAACCGGCGGGGAAAUGGGCCGAAAGUGGGAACAGAAACAGGUCCAGAUAAAGACUCUAGAGGGAGAGUUUUCAGUCACUAUGUGGGCAUCAGAUGACAAGAAGGAUAUGGAUCACGGGGAGCAGAUCACAGGGGAAAACUCCCCGCCAGAUUAUUCGGAAUACAUGACUGGAAAAAAGCUCCCCCCUGGAGGAAUCCCGGGCAUUGACCUGUCAGAUCCCAAACAGCUGGCAGAGUUUGCACGAAUGAAACCAAGAAAAAUAAAAGAAGAUGAUGCACCAAGAACGAUUGCUUGUCCGCAUAAAGGAUGCACAAAGAUGUUCAGGGACAAUUCGGCGAUGAGAAAACACUUGCACACUCACGGGCCUCGUGUGCACGUUUGUGCAGAGUGUGGCAAGGCUUUCGUAGAAAGUUCAAAACUAAAAAGGCAUCAACUUGUACACACAGGGGAAAAGCCUUUCCAGUGCACAUUUGAAGGCUGCGGCAAACGUUUCUCCCUGGACUUUAACUUGCGCACGCAUGUGCGCAUUCACACUGGAGAUCGCCCGUACGUGUGCCCCUUCGACGGCUGCAACAAAAAAUUCGCCCAGUCGACCAACUUAAAGUCUCACAUCCUCACACACGCCAAAGCAAAAAAUAACCAGUGAUUCAGCCACGGGCUAACUGCCGGUGGAGCAUUCCACCUCAGCUCCUCACAGACUUAUCUUCAACGGCCUGCUUUGUUGUGAGACGAGUCCCUUUGUAUUGACUCUCUAGAUCCAAACAGGAAAAGAAAAAACUUUUUGUGGACUCUUUGAUAACACAAAAAAAUGUGACAACCUCAACCUCUCUGGUUUGGCCUUCUUACCUUCUGCUCUGCCUAAACAGGUCAACUGAUCUUUGUUUUUUCCUUUCCUAUGAAGAUGAUUUCAUUCAUGAAUUGACACAAACAUUUUAAAAAAUAUUUAUAUUUGAGCGCAGCGAGUUGAAAUUUUGUCUAACCCAUAGAAUUUGCAUCGACCUGCAAGGACAACUUUACAGUUUGUAUCUGUCCCCAAGUGUGCAUAUUGUACACUGUCUGACAUAAGCUUUGUGGUGAAUCCAAAAGGUUUCGCACGUUUUGCCCUCUCCUCUAACCAUUGAGGAGUCAUCUUUACCUAGUUUCAUUUUUUUACAACUCAAUAAUAGCCAUGUGUUUUUCAAUAAUGACCAGUGAUUAAAACCUUUUCCCAGCCGCACCAAGAAAA